AUGAGUAUACCAGGAGCUUUCGAGAACGCCGAAAUCCCAGCAUCACCUUCGCUGCCGCUCUAUCAAACGGAUGUCAGUGAGAUGGUGGAGUGUGAUGACACUGGGCGUCUCCAAGAUGAAGGGGCUGUCAAGCGGGAAGAGUCAAGCACACCUUCUCGCUUCCAAAGUCGCCUAGGCUCAGGCUGGCUUGGGAAAUGCUAUGGGUCGGUGAAAACGCUCGUCGGCUCUAACGCCAAGGGAGGCGAUCGGGAUGUAGAGGCCGCUGUGACUGGUGGAAAUGAACCGAUGACUGGUUCUAUGCUGGAGCGAACAGGCAUGAUGAGGGAGAUUGCCCAUCGCACCCAGAACAAUGACGCGCAAUCAGAUGUGUGUGAAGUCGAGAGUUACCAUACCGCUGUCGACACAGAUCAUCAGUCUCCAGUUCGCCACGGGCUAGCAAGCCUCGCCAUCGGAUCAGACUCAUGUCCUCGUCUUCUCUCCGAUGAAGAAAACGAGCGAAUGAAUAGGAAGAUCGACAGACUAAUUGCCGCCAUCGACCAUCGUCGUCCCAUUCACUUCGCACCCGAUGCCGAGACAGGUGAAGUCGAAGUCUUUGCGGAUCAAUACGGUGAAGUGAUCGAUCAGGCUGAAUACGAGCUGGAGCAGAAUAUCGCCGCAGCAUCGGAGAGUUUCGGGAGAGUAAUCAGAUUUGGUGACGGGACUCGUCGCAUGAGAAGCCCAUAUUCACUACGAUAUGCUGACUCGACUGAUUCCUGGGCUUCGACGGAUUCGAGGAAAUCUUCGUCUAAUGCGUGGGAGAGGGCGAUUGCUGCUGCGAAUAUUCGUUUCGCGCUCGGGCAUGGGACGUUGGAUUUAAAGGCUACUGUCAUCAGACAGCCAUUUCGCAGCUCGGAAAUGCAACCAGAGGCACGUCGGGGCCGGGGUCUGGUCCGUACGAUCUCGCCAAUUCCACUGGACUUCGAUAAGCCGCUACGGACGUCGACGCCGUCGAUUCACAGCAAUGGCAGUGAGCAGGAUACCUCUUCACCGCUGUUCGAGAAGUCUUGUGAGCGUAUUUGUCGGGAGACGUAUGCUGAGCCGCCGGGCCCGACGUUCCGACGUGAAUUUCCGGAACAUUCACAGCUGGAUCAGUGGGCAUUUGUCUCCGAGCCUCGUGACGAGCCUUCGCGUGAAGCAAAGGCGCCUGCUAGCACCGGCAGAGCAUUUGGGGUUUUUGCCGACGUCUCGAAUGGUGUAUCGUCAUCGAAGAAAAUUGGGAAGCCAGCCAUUCGUUCCAAGGCGCUCAAAGACAUCUCGAAUCUGAGACGUCUUGGGCAUUUAAAGUUCAACAGCUUUGCAAAGGACUCAAAGUUGGCAACAGAUCAGCCAGUUACCACUGUCCCGGCCACAACAUCUUCAUUCGGUUUCGGAGGCGCAUCUAGUCCGGAAUCCAGGAGGGUAUACAUCAAUACGAAGUGGCCAGGGCUGUUGGAAGAUCGCGGUAUGGCAGAGUCUCCUAGGCUCGAUGGAGCGGCUCGUCGACGCAACGAGCAAGCAAUCGGACAUCCAAUCGACACAUCGCACUAUUCACUGUCGCAUGUGAGAACUUCGGUGGCAGAUUCGUCACUGAACGCAGAUCCCAAUCGGCAGGCGCAUUUCGAUCUGGCCUUGGCGAGAUUGGAAGGUCGCGCUCUGCCUCCACCACCGUCGCCGAUUCACCGACAUCCGGAUUCGGCGGCACUGUUUGAUCAGGACAUUCAGAUUGAGGGAACGAAUCGUCCCCUUCCACUCCGUGGCCCUAUGCCCAGUAGGAUUGCGAAUUCGACACCGUAUCGGGCUUUCUGGCGCUAUUUUGUUGGAAAGGAAGGGCGGGGACAUUGA